AUGGGAUACCGUGGUCGAAGAAAGCACGUAAAGCGCUUGUCAGCUCCCAAACAUUGGAUGCUGGCUAAACUCGGUGGAGUAUUUGCUCCCCGACCCAGCACUGGACCACACAAGUGGAGGGAAUGUCUCCCCCUCAUUCUGUUUCUCAGAAACCGUCUGAAGUACGCGCUCACUUCGGAUGAAGUAAAGAAGAUUGUUAAACAGAGGUUGAUUAAAGUUGAUGGCCAAGUGAGAACUGAUCCUACAUAUCCAUCUGGCUUCAUGGAUGUCAUUACUAUUGAAAAGACUAGUGAGCAUUUCCGCUUGAUAUAUGAUGCAAAGGGCAGAUUUGCCAUUCACCGUAUCAAAACUGAUGAGGCCAAAUACAAACUGUGCCGUGUAAGAAAGGUACAAACUGGUCCUAAAGGAAUUCCAUUCUUGGUGACACAUGAUGGUCGUACGAUUCGUUAUCCUGAUCCACUAAUCAAAGUGAACGACAGUAUUCUGCUUGAUCUGGCCUCCAUGAAAAUUAAGGAGUUUAUUAAAUUUGAUUCUGGUAACCUGUGCAUGAUUACUGGAGGUCACAACAUUGGUCGAGUAGGUGUCAUUACACACAGAGAUAGGCAUCCAGGUUCAUUUGAUAUUGUUCAUGUCAAAGACACACUUGGCCAUAUCUUUGCCACUAGGAUCAAGAACGUCUUCAUUAUUGGCAAAGGAAACAAACCAUGGGUAUCUUUGCCCCGAGGCAAGGGUGUCAGGCUGACUGUUUCUGAAGAGAGAGACAAAAGGAUUGCUGCUAAGCAACAACAAUAA